AUGAAGCUUAAAAGGUUUCUUCUAAGAUAUUAUCCCCCUGGAAUAAUUUUGGAAUACAUUCGUAGUAAUGGAGAAUAAGAAACGAAAUCUAUUGACUUGCUAAAUUUAAGCAAUGAGUAUAGUUUGAAGUCUAAAAUAAUAGUACAGAUGUAGAUCAAUUAGUUGAAGAAAUAGUAAUGGAAGAGCCAAUAAUUUCAGAUAGUCGAAAACCAUAAUUGGCAGCCUUAAUAAGAAGUAAGACAAAAUCUAAGGUUUAUUAGAAUUAAUAGAUAAAAUUGAAUCAAAAAAAGAGCAAUAAUUUGAAUUAUUCAAAACUCUAAAAGCUCAUAUGUUACCUUUGACAAAUUGUGCAUUCAAUAAAAAUGGAGACAAGUACUUAGUUUGAGUUGAUAUAAAAAUUAGGUUUAUAACAGGUAGCUAUGACAGAACAUGUAAAGUAUGGGAUACUUUUACAGGAGAGGAAAUAGUAUCUCUGGAAGGUCAUAAAAAUGUUGUAUAUUGUAUUGCAUUUAACAAUCCAUUUGGGUAAAGUAGUAAAUAUAUAAGAAUAGUGAUCGGGUGGUAACAGGAUCAUUUGAUAAGACUGCAAAAAUAUGGGAUGUUAAUUCAGGGAAAUGUCUAUAGACUCUAGUAGGACAUAAUUAUGAAAUAGUUUGUACAUCUUUUGAUCCUCAUUCUUUGAUUGUGGCUACAGGAUCAAUGGAUAAAACUGCUAGAUUAUGGGAUGUAGAAACAGGAAAGUAAAUAGCUAGAUUAGAUGGACAUGAAGGUGAAAUUGUGAGUUUGCAUUUCAAUUCAGAUGGAGAUAAAUUAUUAACAGGUUCAUUUGAUAAAACUGCAAUGAUUUGGGAUGUGAGAUCUGGAGAGUGUAUUCAUAUGUUAGAUGAACAUACAGGUGAAAUUUCAAGUACUUAAUUUGAAUUUACAGGUGAUUAUUGUGCAACUGGAUCUAUUGAUAAGUAAUCAAUAUAUUUUCAUUUAGGACUUGUAAAAUAUGGGAUAUUAAAACAGGUAAAUGCAUAGAAACUUUGAGAGGACAUAAAGAUGAAGUUUAAGAUAUUUGUUUCAAUUCUACAGGUUCAUUAUUUUAUUUAUUCUAGGCACUAGAUUAGUAACAGUUUCAGCAGAUGCCACUGGAAGAGUAUACAAUGUGCAUACUGGAGAAUGUAUUGCAUAAUUACUUGGACAUAAGGGAGAAAUAUCCAAAGUUUAAUUUAAUCCAUCUGGAAACAAAAUCAUUACUGCAAGUGCUGAUAAUACUGCUAGAAUAUUGUAUGUUUUCAUUAAUAAUAAUUUAAUAGUUCAGAAACUGGAGAAUGUUUAUAAGUACUUGAGGGACAUACAGAUGAAAUAUUUAGUUGUUCAUUUAAUUAUGAAGGAGAUAUCAUUAUUACUGGGUCUAAAGAUAAUACAUGUAAAAUAUGGAAAGAAGUUAAUUUACCAGUCAAAAAAAAAUGACAAAUUCAUUAAUAAUAUAUUUAUUAUUUUCAGCAACUUUUAUAUAGUUUCAAUUACUAUAUUUAUGUGACAAUUACUAGAUAAUAAUAUUCCUUUCAUUAUAAUAUAUGAUUUUUAAUAAUCAUAUUCAUUUUACUAAUUUCUCCAAUUCUCCAUUCUCAUCUAAAUUGACUACAUCUGUAUAUCCACCAACAAACUUUUAUUUUAUGAAUAUCAUUGGAAUUGUACUCCAUUUCAAUUUAACUACAAAUUCAUUCACNUAAUUCAGGGAAAUGUCUAUAGACUCUAGUAGGACAUAAUUAUGAAAUAGUUUGUACAUCUUUUGAUCCUCAUUCUUUGAUUGUGGCUACAGGAUCAAUGGAUAAAACUGCUAGAUUAUGGGAUGUAGAAACAGGAAAGUAAAUAGCUAGAUUAGAUGGACAUGAAGGUGAAAUUGUGAGUUUGCAUUUCAAUUCAGAUGGAGAUAAAUUAUUAACAGGUUCAUUUGAUAAAACUGCAAUGAUUUGGGAUGUGAGAUCUGGAGAGUGUAUUCAUAUGUUAGAUGAACAUACAGGUGAAAUUUCAAGUACUUAAUUUGAAUUUACAGGUGAUUAUUGUGCAACUGGAUCUAUUGAUAAGUAAUCAAUAUAUUUUCAUUUAGGACUUGUAAAAUAUGGGAUAUUAAAACAGGUAAAUGCAUAGAAACUUUGAGAGGACAUAAAGAUGAAGUUUAAGAUAUUUGUUUCAAUUCUACAGGUUCAUUAUUUUAUUUAUUCUAGGCACUAGAUUAGUAACAGUUUCAGCAGAUGCCACUGGAAGAGUAUACAAUGUGCAUACUGGAGAAUGUAUUGCAUAAUUACUUGGACAUAAGGGAGAAAUAUCCAAAGUUUAAUUUAAUCCAUCUGGAAACAAAAUCAUUACUGCAAGUGCUGAUAAUACUGCUAGAAUAUUGUAUGUUUUCAUUAAUAAUAAUUUAAUAGUUCAGAAACUGGAGAAUGUUUAUAAGUACUUGAGGGACAUACAGAUGAAAUAUUUAGUUGUUCAUUUAAUUAUGAAGGAGAUAUCAUUAUUACUGGGUCUAAAGAUAAUACAUGUAAAAUAUGGAAAGAAGUUAAUUUACCAGUCAAAAAAAAAUGA